GUGUAUGUGUAUGGAGAUUAUUGGCAAUUUUGGCAAUAAAACGAAGAGGAUUACUCAUUCCAACCGUCUCUGCUCUCUCUCCCUCUCUUGUUUUCUCACAGACUGGGUGCUUGUAGAAGUGUAAGAGCAAGAAAUGGACCAAAAUGAAGAACUUGCAGUAGCCCAGCUGAGGAGAGCAGUUCACAAUCUUGGUUCUUCCACUGAGACAUUUUUGGAUAUAACCUUGAUGAGAUUCUUGAUUGCAAGAUCAUUCGACAUAGACAAGACUGCAAAGAUGUUUGUGCAGUGGCGGGAGUGGAGGGCUUCCUUUGUGCCCCUAAAUUCCAUCCCUGAAUCUGAAAUUCCAGAUGAACUCGGCGGAGAAAAGAUAUUUUUGCAGGGCCUCUCCACAAAAGGGCACCCUGUGCUCAUUUGCAAAGCUAACAAACAUUAUCCUUCCAAGGAUGCACUUCAAUUUAAGAAAUUUGUGGUUCACCUGCUUGACAAAACCAUCGCAAGUGGCUUUAGAGGCAAAGAAAUAGGAAAUGAGAAGUUGAUUGCCAUUCUUGAUCUACAACAGAUUGGCUACAAGAACGUUGAUGCUCGUGGUUUAAUCACUUGUUUUCAGUUCUUGCAAGCAUAUUAUCCCGAGCGCCUAGCCAAAUGUUACCUGCUACACAUGCCUGGAUUUUUCGUGCGUGUUUGGAGACUGGUCUCACGCUUCAUUGAAAAAGCAACUUUGGAAAAGAUUGUGAUUGUGACAAACGAGGAGGAACAAGAGGAAUUCAUUAGGGAAGUUGGAGAGGAAGUGCUGCCAGAGGAGUAUGGUGGGAAAGCAAAGCUGAUACUUGUUCAAGAUGUGGAGCUUCAGCCAUUAACGGAAUGACUGACUUAACAUAUUUGAGUUAUCCAACCUCAUGCUAAUUUUACUACUUUCCAUCUAUGAAGAAGAAUGAGAUCGGAAUGCAUGCAAGAAUUAAGAGAUGAAUUAUGUAAUAGUCACACUUAUUUAUAGUGUAUUUAUAUGUUGAAAGUCAUGUCUAUGUAAAAAGGAGGUCCUCUUAUCCUA